AUUCAUUUUCAGAGAGGUCUGCUUUUUAUUAUAUUAAGUUAGUAGCAAGUAAUGAAGGAUCAGUCAGAUGAAAAGCAACAAAAUAAAUAUAAUUUCACUUAAUUUGAAGACAUUAAUGGACUCGAUUAAAGCAUAAGAAAAGUAAUAAAAAUGGAUGGAAGUGCUGAGAAUGCUAGUACUAGUAUUCAAAUUAAUUUAGUGAUUGAUUAGUAGUGCAAUUCCAUCAGAGUUAAUGAAUAGCAAAAAUAAGUCAUUUAAUAAAUUAAACAUCUUGCUGGACAAGGCUCUCAUAGGUAUGUAACUAUCAAUCUAUUUCAAUUUUUAACGACUACAAUUGUAGUUUUUCAUCUUCCACUUAUAUUUUUAUUGCUUCCUUUAUUAUUAUAUUAGUACCGGAUAUCUAGAGCUUCCAACAUAAUAAAUAAAUCAAUAUAAAAAGAAAAGUAAUGCAGAUGCAUUGAUUGACGAAGUAUUAUUAGAGUAAGACCAUUUUCAAAUCAAUCUCAAUUCUAACCCAUAUAUCCAACAUUUAUUUUUUCUUAUUAUUUUUACAUAGUAAGUUUUUACCGCCAAACUCAAUCACUCCACUCAUAUUCACCAAGAAACUACCACAAGGAGGACAAUAUAGAUUCAAAGGAACUUAACCAUUGUGGGUCAACGCAUUAGAGAGUCUUCUAAGUGUGGUGGUCUAAUUGUAUUAUAAGAGUGAUCAAAAAUUGGCAGAGUUUAUGAAAGAAAAAGGCCUGAUAGAUUCAAAGAAAGAACUCAAGCAAGUUCAUAUACCUUUCUAAAUUCAAGGAAAAGAAACCUGGAAGAAAAAAGAAGAUCCUUGAUAACGAUUCGCCCAAUCAGGAAUAAACCGAACAAUAGCAACAAUAGUCCACUAAUAUCAAUGUUUAUUCUCUGCUCCAAUAAGAUGUCCUUGAUAUCCUAAUAUCUCCAUUAAGAAAUGACUUUCCAUUUGGUAUUACAAAUAUUUCUACAUUUAAGAAACCUGGACACCUAAAGAAAUCGCUAUAUUUGAAUGCGGAAUCUGCAGAUAUGGUAAAUAGUAUGAAUUCUUAUCCCAUCUUGUAAAAUAUUUCCUAAUUUAAGAUAAAAACAAAAAAUGCUCAAGACAUCAUCUAAUUUUACUACUUUUGGAAAUUCACAAGUCAUUAUAAGCUAUGGAAAAUUAAUAAGGCAUAUUAUCAUCGCAGUAACCUAAAUAACUAUGUUUGA